CGCGAUAUAAAUACUAAACUUUUUUUGUAACUGUCUGCUUUUUUAGGUGAAAUUAAUGCAUAAAACAAGGCAGAAAAUUAGUAUUUUUUACCGAAAAUUUCAAUCAACUGCAUUGCAAUUAAGUGUAUUUACCUUAAAAUAAGGCAAAAAUUAUACCAUAAGAGGCGAAAAAUUGAAAUAAAAAAAUAAAUUUAACUACUGAGUGUUUGUGUGUUGUACUAAAUAUAUAUACAUCCAUAUAAUAAUAUAUAAGAAGAAAAUAUUUGUAUAACAAAAAAAAUAUAAAUAAAAAAGUCUAAUGGAUAAAAAAUAGUCACGAAAAUUAAUUAAAUAAAAAAAAUAAAAGGAAAAAAUUCAUAAAUGGUGUUUCCGACCGCAAAAGUGACUAAAUAGUGGAAAUUCUUUUAUAUACCAAUACAAUCACACGACGACGAAAAUAUCAGCUAAUUAUUACUAAUAUCGUCGAAAUAUUAGUAGGAAAAAAAUACGAUGGAUGCAAAUUCAAUAAUCACACAAGUUUCACGCGAUGAUGAACAAUUAAACGCAUUUACGAACGAAAAAGUAAAUGAUGUAGAUAGACUGAAAUCGCCAAAACGUGGCUUCCUUCAAUCAUUAUUUUGUUGUUGGAGGACCGUUAGGACAAAAACAAAUCAAAAUGGGACACCGAUCGAUGGCUCAAUCACGCCGCCUCCUUUACAAGGUCAACCUAAAUAUCUCUUACCGUCAGUUAGGCAUUCAGACAUGCACAAAAAGUGCAUGGUAAUUGAUUUAGAUGAGACAUUAGUGCACAGCAGUUUUAAGCCAAUCCCAAAUGCCGACUUUAUCGUGCCCGUGGAAAUCGAUGGCACGGUACAUCAGGUGUACGUGUUGAAACGACCGCACGUUGAUGAAUUCCUGAAACGAAUGGGAGAAUUAUACGAAUGUGUACUGUUCACAGCUUCACUAGCCAAAUACGCGGAUCCCGUUGCUGAUUUAUUAGAUAAAUGGAGUGUUUUUAGGGCGCGACUAUUUAGAGAAUCCUGUGUCUAUCAUAGAGGCAAUUACGUUAAAGAUUUGAAUAAGCUUGGUAGGGAUUUGCAAAAAAUUGUUAUUGUAGAUAAUUCGCCAGCCAGUUACAUUUUUCAUCCAGAUAAUGCGGUGCCGGUGAAAUCAUGGUUCGACGAUUUAUCUGACUCAGAAUUAUUAGAUUUAAUACCACUUUUUGAGAAAUUAAGUCAAGUCGAUUCAGUAUAUACGGUAUUGUGCAACUCAAAUAAUCCAAUUAAUCAAUCAAUUUACAAUACGUUAAAUAACAUCGCGAAUGCAUCAUCAAAUCAACACAUACAAUCAAGUGGGCAGCAGCAACAGAGUCUUAGCUCGUCGUCGAACAACAGUAGCGGUGCCACGAGUUGUAAUAAUCUAAAUAAUACAAAUGACCUGGUCAAUAGCACGUAACAUUUACAAAAAUUAUUCGUCAACAUUUAUAUGAUUUAAAUUUUUUUUUUAAUUUUAUUGAAAAUUUAUACAUUUAAAAAAAUUUUACUAAAAUACAUCAACAACAAUUUUAUUUAUUAAUAUAGAUUAUUAUUGAAAAUUGCGAAAAAAGAAAGGAAAAUAUUCAAUUAAUAUAUAAAAAAAUAUAAAAAU